CUUGCGUAAUUGAGCACAACUUUCUAAAAAGUGUUCAAUUGCAGUUAAUUUGUAUUUUAACAAGAUGGAUGACAUUUUUACGUAAGCUCAGGUUAGAUCGGAUGAAACUCAGCAUUUGAAAACCUUUUGCACACAUUUUUAUUUAAAUACACCACAACUGAAAAAGAAAUAUUUUUUUUGUUUUUCAACAAUUCAGCAGUUUGCCUGAUUCCAAGAGUUGCCAUGGAGAGUUUGCCAUGCAAACCAGAAGAAACCCAGACUCACUUGUUUUCAUUUAAGAUAUUUGGACUUCUGAACCACCUGGUGUUAAAUGUAUCUGCAAAAGUCAGCAGGCCAACAAUCUGCUGAGUGUGUGAAGAAGAAAUGUCUUAUGAAGACAGGAUCAUACCCUUACUCACAUAUCUCAGAACCGAUUUUAGGAGUCCGAGAUCUAUUACCUUCAGGACAUCAGAACCUGAACAUGGACCUGAGAAUAAAAGCGCUGGCAUCGUCAGGCUUAAUAGGAGGCUGAAACACAUCUGGCAUCUCAUUUUAAUCGGAAUUCUCAGUGGGAUCCUCGUCGUAGUGGUUGUAAUCAUAAUCAUCGAGUGGAACACUAAGGAAAACGCGGUAACAAGUCUGGAGCAGAUCAAGAAGGAGAUGAAGACCAACACUGAGAAGCUGCUAGAGGAGAAAAGUAGGAUAGCAGAACAGCUGAAAUUAGCCAACGCAAACUACUCCAUUCUGUUGGCGAAGUAUGACGAGCUGUUGCGCACAAUUUCAUGCAAUUUAACCAUAGAGAAGGAUAUCGACAGCAUGAAUGAGAAAUUGACCAAUACUUUAAAAGCUCAAGAACAGCUUGAGGGAGAAAUCAAGCAGAUGACGGCUGACAUAAAGUCUACCCAGAUUAAUCACCAGCUUAAACUGCUGGAGAACGAGAAACAGCGUUCUUUCAUGUCCAUGGAUCACCUAGACUUCAUCUGGGAUUUUUGUAACCAGACCAAUUUCGAGUGCUCCUACUGCGUUCCGGGGUGGGUGCAUCACGCUGGCCGGUGCUUCCUCAUCUCCAAUGUGGACAUUAAAUGGGAAAAUGCUCGCACCGAGUGCCUCAACUACAAGGGGGACCUAGCUUUAGUCCUGAACGCUAAAGACCAGGAGUUCCUGACGAAACUGGCAUUCCGGUAUAAAAUUGCAAAUCCUAACUCAACCUUCCACUCAGCGUGGAUCGGGCUCCAGGACUUGGUCAAGGAAGGAGUCUACGUCUGGGUCAAUGGAGAGGGAAUCAAAUCGGAUGUCACCUACUGGAUACCUGGCGAGCCCAACAACAACAUAGCUCCCUGGGACAUUGAGCAAAACGGUCAGGACUGCGUGUCCAUUGUACCGCCGGAUGACGUGGGACCUCCGGGCUGGAUGGACACCUGGGAUGACAUUACUUGUGUUGGGAAACGUCACUACAUCUGUGAGCUUGAGGCCCUGAUUUAGACAUAGUUGGAAGAAGUCCUGUUUUAAUCUGGCCAUAAGACAUGUGGGAGGAAAUAGUCGGGUCAGAGAGACUGAAAUGUAACUUUCUUGUUGAAAAGCACAAAACUCUGUACAGACAAAGCUCUGAGUGAAAUAUUGUGGGGACAGCAUCAUGCUGUGGGGAUGGGGUGGUGAGAUGGUAGAUGGAGAUACAAAAAAUAUUCAUUCUAUACUCUAAGAAAAUCUAAAACUACAGAAGAAGCAAAAGGGAAAACAAAAAAGACAAAUUUCAAGAAUGUUAGGUUAUAGAUCGGGACCUGUGCAGAUGACUGAUUUAUUACUCAACAUUUUUUCACUCCCCUUAAUUAAAAACCCAGAAAUGCUGCUGUUGGUAUGUUUGAUGUACAAAUGUGGGAAUACACAAUUAACAACGACAGACCUGCAACCAAAUCCUGGCUAACUGGUCCUGGUCAGGAACCUAGUGUUUGCACUUCAGCAUAGCUGCCAGAUACAGGAAGCUAGAAAAGUUGAAAAUUUCAAAAAACCAUUGCCAAAAUGGAGUAAAACCUCAACAUUUACAACUAAUUAUCCAAGUCAUAACAGAAAAUUUGUAUAAAAUGUAUAAUUGUAUAAAAUAUAACAUUGUAAUUGUAUAUGAUGUAUAAUUGUAUAAACUGUUACAAACUAGAGCCAGUUUGAAGAGAGUAACUUUUCAGUCUUUCC